AUGUUAUGUGGUGACACGCUGGAUUUUAAACUGCCUAGAGUGAAUGCAGAACUUGAUAGAUGUAAUUCAGUACAGCAGUUUUUCACCCCGCUGACGUUCUAUUCAAUUCCAACAAGAGAUUCAAUUGAUUGGUGCGAAUAUGCCCAUCCCCUAUUAACAAGACUUGGCACUCUCCAGCAUAUUGUCUUCCAAACGCAAAGUAGCGGCCUUUGCAUCCCGGAAUUGACGUGUCAGCCGCAUCGCCUUGCGAACUUGAAUCGUGGCGAUGUCCCUCAACUCGUCGGCAACAGUUACUGCAGCGAUGCGCCUGUAUGCUCAGCAACACCGUAUCCUCUACUUCAGAAGAUUGACAUUGAAAUCCGUUCUAAAAGUAAUAGAGAGAAGUGUAAUGGCGCUAUUGUGUUGAGAGAAAGUUCAGUUAAUAACCACACGCGAUCCCCCCUUCUCAUUCGAAUCUGGGCACUCACUCACAUCUUUUACCACACGCUUAACGUUAAACAACUCAAUUCCCAUUCUCUCAUAUACACUGUGGGUGUAAUCAUCACAUCCAUCUCCAUCCCAAGUAACAUAUCCCAUCCUCCAUUCCCCCAAUACCGAAUACCCAAUAGACAAUGUCUAAGGGUUGUGGCUCCGUCCAAAACAAUAAUCAUCAUACGCAAGAACCAGCUGGCAAAAUCACAAAAGAAACGCCAAACCACCACCAGCCAUCCAGCUAAGCCCGAAACAAAUCUCAGACCUCUUCAUUUCCAUUUCCCUUCCAUUCCAACCCUAAAUCCCCCAUCAAGCCAGAGCACCGACGAAGAGACGAAGAUUGGGAAUGUUGUGACGGAUAUCAGGGAAAGAAGUGAUGAGAGAAGAAGAAAACCGCCGUGUUUCUUUGAACGCCCUAGUACGCCUUUUAAAAACAAUUUGGCCCCCGCCCCAGACAGGAAAGAUGGAUAUGUGCCGAUGAAACAUGACUCCCCCGAUCGUGUAUAUAGCGCAAUGCGAGAAAGGAAGGAGUCUCGGGAAUAG